UCAGUGAGAAGCCACACAGCUGCUACUCACAUGAAUGCUCUCACCUCACUCUGAACAAGCCGCCAUCAUGCUCUGGAAACUAGUGGACAAUGUCAAGUAUGAAGACAUCUACGAGGACCGCCAUGAUGGUGUCCCCAGCCACAGCUCCAGGCUGUCCCAGUUGGGCUCGGUGUCCCAAGGACCCUACUCCAGUGCCCCUCCGCUGUCACACACACCAUCCUCGGACUUUCAGCCCCCCUACUUCCCACCGCCAUACCAGCCGCUGCCCUACCACCAGAGCCAGGAUCCCUACUCCCAUGUCAACGAUCCUUACUCCUUGAACUCCCUGCACCAGCCCCAGCAGCACCCCUGGGGCCAGCGCCAGAGGCAGGACGUCGGCUCAGACGGCGGAUCUCUCCUACCCCAGCCCAGAGCCUCUCUGCCUCAGCUGUCUGGACUCGACCCCAGGAGGGACUACCACUCUGUCCGGCGCCCAGAUGUCCUGCUGCACUCCGCUCACCAUGGCCUGGACUCCGGCAUGGGGGAUGGCCUGUCCCUGCAUGGACUCGGGCAUCAUGGCAUGGAGGACGUCCAGUCAGUGGAAGACGCUAAUAACGCCAUGAAUCUGCUGGACCAGUCCGUCAUCAAGAAAGGUCCCUGUUCAGGCACUUCUUCAAACGAUAACUCUGUCACCUCGCUGAUGAUGAACAAGGAUGGCUUCCUGGGAGGGGUGACGGUGAACGCCGGUGAAGUGUUCUGCUCGGUGCCGGGCCGCCUGUCCUUGCUCAGCUCCACGUCCAAAUACAAAGUGACAGUGGGGGAGGUGCAGCGCCGCCUGUCCCCUCCGGAGUGUCUGAACGCCUCUCUGCUGGGAGGGGUGCUGAGGAGAGCGAAGUCGAAAAACGGUGGAAGAUCUUUAAGGGAGAGAUUGGAAAAGAUCGGGUUGAAUUUACCAGCUGGAAGACGCAAAGCUGCCAACGUCACUUUAUUGACCUCCCUGGUGGAAGGUGAAGCUGUCCAUCUCGCCCGGGAUUUUGGUUACAUCUGUGAAACGGAAUUUCCAGCCAAGGCUGUGUCAGAAUACUUGAACAGACAGCACACAGACCCGACCGAUCUGCACUCCAGAAAGAACAUGCUGCUGGCCACAAAGCAACUUUGUAAAGAGUUCACAGACCUUCUGGCCCAGGACAGAACGCCCAUAGGUAAUAGCCGACCUAGCCCAAUCCUAGAACCGGGAAUCCAGAGCUGCUUAACUCACUUUAGCCUCAUCACCCACGGCUUCGGCUCCCCGGCCAUCUGUGCGGCCCUCACGGCUCUCCAAAACUACCUAACCGAGGCCCUGAAGGGAAUGGACAAAAUGUUCCUGAAUAACAACACCAACAGGCACACAUCCGGAGAGGGACCAGGUAGUAAAAACAGUGACAAGGAAGAGAAGCACCGGAAAUGAAAGCUGGACCUACUAUAACAUCCUUUCAUUUUAGCUUUAACGGAAAACAAAAAAGGAAAAAAAAAACAAAAAAGAAAAAGAAAAAUAUUGAACUGGCUUUGGAGAAUUACAAAUAUAUAUCAGACUGCGCCCCUGACGCAAACCCACGGACAUCCAGCACGCGAUCGGGUGCAAAAAU